GGCCGUUGCCGUCAGGGACAGCGGGCGCCUCCUAGGGGGGCGGGGCCGUGGACAUUGCGCGGCUGGGGCUGCCCCCGAGGCCGGGGCCGGGGGAGGCUGUGCGAAGGAGAGUUACAGGGAGGCAGCCCGGGCCCGGUGGGCCGAGCCCUGGACUGGGGCAUGGGAGACCUGGGCUCGGCCUCUAGCCUGGUGGGUGAGCGUGUGCACCUCACUUCACCCGUCCGUGCCUCAGUUUCUCCGUCUGAGAAGUAGGGGGUCGUGAGAGCGACCGCCCUUGCGAAGCGCCUUGAGCUCUAGCGACACACUAGAGGCGGGUGGUGGUGUGAGCGGGGCAUGGCUCUGUUGCCCGCCUUGGUGCAGUGAGUAGCCUCCUUCUCCAGUCAAGUGUGUCUCAUUGCUUUUGGGAGCGUAUGUUUUCGUGCCUCUGUGGCUUUGACACUGAGGUAAGGCGGGAUCUGCCUCACAGGCUGUGCAGUAACUUUCACACCCCUUCCUCCUUUCGUGCUGUGGUGCCUUUCUUCUCCUUGUUGGGUGAUGGAAAAAAUCUCUAUGAUGUGACAGUUAAGAAGCAGUCAUGUCAGCUCUUUGUCCACCUCCUUCUCCUGCUGUUGCCAAGACAGAGAUCUCCUUGAAUGGGGACUCACCAUUACUAGCUGCUACUUUUGCCUACUGGGACAAUAUUCUUGGACCUAGAGUCAGACACAUCUGGGCCCCAAAGACAGAACAGAUGCUUCUCAGUGAUGGAGAAAUAACUUUUCUUGCAAAUCACACAUUGAAUGGGGAAAUACUUAGGAAUGCAGAGAGUGGAGCAAUAGAUGUGAAGUUUUUUGUCUUGGCAGAAAAAGGAGUAAUUAUUGUGUCAUUAAUCUUUGAUGGAAACUGGAAUGGGGACAGAAGUACAUAUGGACUAUCAAUUAUACUUCCACAAAGUGAACUUGGCUUCUAUCUUCCUCUUCACAGAGUGUGUGUUGAUAGGUUAACGCAUAUUAUAAGGAAAGGAAGAAUAUGGAUGCAUAAGGAGAGGCAAGAACAUUUCCAGAAGAUUGUCUUGGAAAGCACGGAGAGAAUGGAGGAUCAGGGCCAAAGCAUCAUUCCCAUGCUGACAGGAGAAGUUAUUCCUGUAAUGGAACUUCUUUCAUCUAUGAAAUCACACAGUGUUCCAGAAGAAAUAAAUAUAAGUGACACAGUGUUAAAUGAUGAUGACAUUGGGGACAGUUGCCAUGAAGGUUUUCUCCUCAGUGCCAUCAGUUCACACCUGCAGACUUGUGGUUGCUCUGUGGUUGUAGGUAGCAGUGCAGAGAAAGUUAAUAAGGUAGUGAGGACAUUGUGUCUGUUUCUUACUCCAUCAGAACGGAAGUGUUCCAGACUCUGUAGAAAUGAAUCUUCCUUCAAAUAUGAAUCAGGACUCUUUGUACAAGGAUUGCUCAAGGAUGCAACUGGAAGCUUUGUGUUGCCCUUCCGUCAAGUAAUGUAUGCUCCAUAUCCUACUACACAUAUAGAUGUGGAUGUCAACACAGUGAAGCAGAUGCCCCCUUGCCAUGAGCAUAUCUAUAACCAACGGCGAUACAUGAGGUCCGAGCUGGCAGCAUUUUGGAGAGCCAAUUCAGAUGAAGAGAUGGCUCAGGAUAUCACUAUCCAUACAGAUGAAAGCUUCACUCCUGAUUUGAAUGUAUUUCAGGAUGUCCUGCAUCGUGAUACAUUAGUAAAAGCCUUCCUGGAGCAGGUCUUUCAUUUGAAACCUGGCUUGUCUCUGAGGAGUACUUUCCUUGCCCAGUUUCUGCUAGUCCUUCAUAGAAAAGCCUUAACUCUUAUAAAGUACAUAGAGGAUGAUACGCAGAAAGGAAAAAAGCCUUUUAAGUCUCUCCGUAACUUAAAAAUAGACCUUGACUUAACAGCAGAGGGCGAUCUUAACAUAAUAAUGGCUUUAGCUGAGAAGAUCAAACCUGGUCUACAUUCCUUUAUCUUUGGGAGACCCUUCUACACUAGUGUACAAGAACGUGAUGUACUAAUGACAUUUUAAAGAUCCUGUAUGCUGCUGAAAGAAAGCUAGUAAUGUAAACACCAUUUUUCCCUUUUUGAUAAGCACAGUUUUGCACUCUAAUGCAGUGACUGAAAGCAAGUUACACUACAAUCCAGUCGAAAUGGGGAGGGAGUAUUAGAGGGAAAGUCACUUCAGUUAGGGAAGCACACUUCAAAAGAGCCUUUUUUGUUGUUUACAGUGAAUGUAAAUAUUGCAGUAGUUUUUAUGAUAUUUUGGGUUUGUUGUGUAAACUUUGCCACAGUUCUGGCUUAAACUGAUUUAAAGGGAGGCUUUUGUAUUGACUCUUUUGAGAGAUCAUACAGCUUCCCCACCAUUUCUCUUCUUUUUGUGUCCCUCCUUAUCUUAUCAGUAUUUCCCAGUGUUGUCAUAGAAAACCAUACUUCUUGUCCUCUCCAUUAUGGAGGGCACUGCCUUUUGUGAAACAGAAACUGGAAGAACAGUUUUAACGCUUUUUUUUGUUCUGUCUUCUUUCUUAUAUGUGGGGCUAGUGUGAAAAACACCUUCCCUGCUCCCCAUUCCAACCUCACCAGAAACUUCUUUUGCUACUUUAUGUGAUGCAUUUAAAAGGAUAUUAAAAAAAACAAAACUAAAGAUGAAAGAGAACUGUACAGCAUUAUCCUUGGGAGGCAGAGUGCUGCCUUUUAGUGGAUUGUAAAGCCAAACUGAUCUGAAGAAUGCUGCUUUUAAAACGGGGUCAUUUUUUAAGCUGUUUUGCGUGUAUAAGUGCCCACCAGGAUUUUCUGUCACUGACUAUGUUGAACCAUCAUGCAUUUCAGUGCUUAAUGACCCAACAUAAUUGAGCUCUUUCGGAAAAUUAGGUUUUACACUUGCAUAGCCAUUGCCAACCUUUCUUUUUAUAAUCUGCUCCUAUUCUUUUUUAUGAAUAAAAACAAAGGCCACAUUAAAAUACUAGACCACCUGUGCCUUUGUUCUUUUUGGAAAUAACCCCUGGAAUAUAGCCAAACGUCAAGAUAGACACUUUCUUUUCAUAUUACCUUUGUCAUAUGUUCAGCAUAACUUCAUUCAGGAAUCGAUGUGGCUGUUAACUAAUAGGAGUUAACAGUGUUGAUGGAAAAACAAACUCUGGUUCAGUGAGAUACUAAUCUCCCUCUUCCAUGCCAACACACUCACCUCUCAGUCCACUUGUUUUGCUUUGCAUAGAGAGAUAAAGAACAGCAGGAAGUCAGGAAACGUACUUUACCUGCUUUCACAGCAUUUCUUACUUGAAUAAUCUGAGUUGUUGGAUGUAGUUUUCAGAUUCCCCAGAUGCUUUUCAGGUUUUGCCAACAUGCUACAUGGUGUACUAUGCUAAGUGAUGCAUCUGCAUUGUGUGCUGCUGUCUGUCUUCUCUUCUUUU